ACGCAUCAUUUGGUACUCAUCCGUCCAAGUCUAAAUUGUUUUUUUUUUUUUAUAAUUAAUAAAAAAAAGUUUCAAUUUUUAACCCACACUGAUCAUGGCCCGUUCCCGUCUUUUCGUUAGCUUGGCUUCUUGCCUGAUGAUCGCUCAAAACUCCUAUUUUUCAGACGCACUUGCAAUCAGCAAAACCUUCAGCGCUUCUAUCGGUUCAUCGCCUGGAACCACUGGCACUGGAUCGAAUGUUGGUGUCCCGUUGACGGGAGGUAAUAAUGGUUACAACACAGGUUGCAACACAGGAUGCAACGGAGGGUUCAAUUCCGGUUGUAACAGCGGAUACGGAUCUGGAUUCAACAACAACGGGUUCAAUAACGGCGCGGGCAACACCGGAGUUAACACCGGAUUCAGCAAUGGUCUUUUCAACGGUGGAUGCAACGGUGGAUGCAACAACGGAUGUCCUACACUGAUAAACAAUGCCAACCCAUACGGAGGAUACAACGGUAUAUUCGGAAACGGUCUCUACGGCUAUGGACUUGGAGUAAACAACAUUUGUGGAUCAGGACUAUUGAACACUGGAAUAACCAGUGGAUGCACCAACACUCUUCUGACAUGCGGUAGCGGAUACGGAUCUGGUUGUGGAUGCGGAUCAGGUUGCGGAUUUGGCUCGCGGUCCGGAUACGGAUACGGUUCUGGGUCUGGAACUGGAACCGGAAAUGGAGUUGGAUACGUAUCCGGGUGUGGAUGUGGAUCUGGAUACGGAUCUAGGUCCGGAUGUGGAUCUGGCUACGGGUCUGGAUCGGGAUGCGGAUGCGGAUGCGGACCUGCACUAUUUGUUUCCGGAUGCGGAUGUGGAUCCGGAUCUGGUUACGGAUCCGGUUACGGAUCCGGUAUAGGAUCUGGCCCAACUGUCGGCGGAGGUUCAAACGGAGGACAAGGAAACGGUUUGGGAAUUGAAGUAAGCAAAGGAUUAUCUGUCAACACUUUACUCGGAAAACUCUCAGUUGAAAAAGAUGCGUCAGUCAAUGUCAGCCCAUAACGAACCAACGUUUAACAUGUAAGUUUAGUUUCAUCACAGCAAAUCCAUGGUUUUUGUCAACAGUUUUAUAAUUUUCAUCAUAAACACUUUUUAGUUUAUACAUUAAAAAUAAAAUUUAGUUUCAAAUAAUUGAAACAUUUCUGCAUACUGUUUGACUUUGAAACUAUUGUUGACAAAAUAUUGUAUUAAAAUAAAAU